AUGAGAACCAGCAGACUCGCGCUGUUGCUGACCCUGGCGCUGGGUGUCCUUGCCGACGUCACCACCACCUCCUCUUCCUCAUCAUCCUCCACUACCACCGGCGUUGCAAAUGCUGCAACAACCGCCACUACCGGAACCGAUACUACAUCAACAGAAAAUGCUACAACACCGACUACUACAACUCCAUCUACAACAUCUACUACGUCUACUCCAACAACAACCCCAACGACCACUACUGGUACCACCCCAACGACCACCACGACGGCAGCAACCACUCCAACUACAUCUUCAUCAUCUGAUACAGCCACUUCGACGACCACACCAGCGACAACCGAAGCGACAACCAGUGACACCGCAACUAUUACGCCUACAACGUCCUUGACGUCUGAGACUGGAACUGACACCGAAAGCACGUCCUCCACCAGUGUCUCUCCAACCAUUGUCUGGGUCACCAUCACCGAAAAUAACUCAGUGGCUACCGUCUCUACAACCUACUCACAAAAAUUUUCAUCUAUGUAUUCCACCACGGCCACUCCGUCGUCAGGAGUCGUGGGGCUUGGCUCCCUAACUUCGAAAGGUACCGCGCAGGAUCCGGCCCCCCAGUUUCAUCUCAUAGUCAGCACCGACAACUCGGGCUCGUCGGUGCGUGACCACUUGGCUAACGAACGAGGCCUGCUGGCGUAUAUGAGAACCGCACUCAACUACUUUACUGUCUCAAUAAGUGCCAUUCAGCUGUUUAAGCGAUCAAUCAUCGAGCAGCUCAUUUGUGCAACGCCCGACUAUGACCGGCUUGCAAAAGACCAGAAUUUCUACGAAACUCUAGUGAGACCUUGGACCGUGAUUAUGUCUUGCUUGGGGCUCGUAUUCAUUGUUACCAAUCUUGGACGGUUCGUGGUGAACUCUAACCACUUGACCUUCUACAAUCGCUUUGGCAUCGAUGGCACUGUGCUACCCCUCGUUUUUCUCGUAAUGAUCGGUCUUGAUGUUUACCUGAUCUACAAAAUAGCCUCGCUAGAUUUUUCCGCUCAAUGA